AUGGGUUGUACCUGCAGCAAGCAGCAACCUAAAAGGCCAAGUCCGCAGGUCGCUGACCGGGAUGAACGAAGACCAUCCAUCAUCAUGAAACUCUUUUCACGCAAGAAGACCAUGUCUGUGGAAGAGAACCUAGAACCUGCCGUCUCGCAGGCUGAAUUCUUUAAUGAAAGGGUCGACGUCGGCGAAUCCGAUACGGGGUCAUCUCCAACGCCUUCAGAGGUGGAGGAAGCGACCACCCCCGUCGCACUGCAUUCACAGCUCGAUGUGAAUGAGAACAAUGAGCCGCCAGACGAACCGCCAGGAGAUGCAAUUCCAGCAGAAGAGCCCCCAGCGGAAGAACUUCCAACAGCGAAGAACGAGGGCCGGCCCGAUCCCAGUACAGUCAGUCUACACCAGGAAGAGGCCAGUCCAGGCCAGAGGAAAUACAGCCCGCACCAAGACAAGGCGAACAUCGAUCUGGGGAAAGACUGCCUCCAGCAGACCAAGCCAACCGAUCGCCAAAGUUACGGUUUCCAGCGGUUGGACCAGAUGGCUGUGCUUUCUACGGGAGACUGGACGCAGUCAGGGGAGACACAACCAGGAGAGACACAGCCUAGACGGUGUUGCCCAUGGGGCAAUUGCAUCCCCCUACGAUACAGGUGUGGGCAUAUGUGCACACCACAAAGAACACUCCCUACGCCUCUCGAUACUAUUUCUAUCAAUACCGCCAAAAGACAGCCUGUAUUGAUCGGAUUCUGCGAAUUCUGCCUAUCAGAAGAAGGCCACUCCAUCUGUCAGCGGAUCGGAAAACACAGAACAAGAAUGAUACGCCACCGUGAGAGCUGCGCGUCGUCCUCAUUUUUGAAGAGGCAGUUCCACAAGGCCAGCACGAAGUAUUUCCAAAAACGCCAAAGAAAGGAGGAGAAGAAUCUCGACAAGGCAGUUCAGGCUCAUGAACAUAGCAGAGCCAAGAGCUUUUACAACCAAUGGCUCAUGGAGUCAAGACGAUCGAAGGAAUCCCGCACCCAGACUUCCUCAAGGAACACUCAAGCUCAAGGAGGUGGGACUAAGAACCAACCCCAUCAAGAUGAUCAACCCAGCGAUAACCGACCUCAAGAAUCCCAGUCACGAGAAACCCAGGAGGAUAGCCAGGCCCGGGACAGCCAGAUUUCAGACAGCCCGCGUCCAAGUAGCGAUGUUUUGAACAACUUAUCCGGGGACAGCCAACCUGAACACAACCAAACAGGAUUGCCCAGGGAGAGCGAGCGAUCAACUACCCGACGAUCGGACGAAGUUGAGGAAGCAGAGCAGAGUCCAAAUGGAGACGAGGGCGAAGGAAGGGAACAGACCGUCGACUAUGGCGACCCCAUACCUGGCAGAAUGCCCAAAAAGGCGAUUAGCCUCUAG